ACUGGGAGAAUGAAGCCGGAACGACGCGUUUUCGGGAAGAGUACCUUAAUCAUAGCAGUUACUAUUUUUGAAGCCUUCUUGUUGUCACUAGGUAUCAUUUGAUAUCUAACAUGUAAAUAUAUCUCGAUGGACCAUUCAACAGUAGCCGAAACCAGUGUGUCGGCAGGGAAACCAGCCCCCCUAACACUCUCCCGGGAUGAGGAGCGUAUCCUCGAAGCGUACGAUCACCUACGCCAACUAGAAAUCCGGAUCGCCCUGCUGAAAGCACAGCAGAAAUGGGUGCCAAAUCCGUCUAUACCAGACACGGAGGAAACCCUUACAACAGCGAAAGAAGAGGCAUCCAAAGCCAGGGCGUCAUGGCUCCUCCGGAACAACACGACGGAUAGUGUCAUGAUGGCCAACCCAAUACUCAAAGCAGUGCACAAUAGCACACAAAUCACGCCAAUAGAAAGGUACGUUUGUCUGCACAUCUUGGCUUGCCUUCACUACCAGCCCUCCUCUGGCCUGCCGAGAAAGCCAGAGAGAAAAGGAAAAGGAAGAGGAAGAGGAAAGGGAAGGGAGACGACGCAUUUAACAAUCCUUAUCACCAGCGACCUCCUCCCUCACAUCCGCGACCGCGACGCCGCAUCUUCAACCUUCGCCAAAAAUUCCGCCGAGCUCCGCAACACCCUCGACGCCCUCACGACCACCGAAAGUCACACCCUGCGCGCCAGCCGCCGCAACGUUGAACUAGCCAAAGACCUUUUCGAGCUUGCCGAAGAAGCGGAACGGCGCAAAAAGGGCGACGCGGGUGACGACCCGGAGCUACAGAGCCGGCUCGAGACGCUCCGUGCCGCGGUCAAGGAGAGCCGGCAGAAGUGGAGGGUGAUGAAGGGAACCGCGAGCGCUGUGGUCGUCGGUAGCGGCGUGGACUGGGUGCGGGAUGAGGCACUGAGGCAGAUAGUACUAGAUCCAGAAAACGACAAUGAGGAUCUAUAAAGUGGGAGUGAGUCACAUUAUGAGCGCAAAGGAUGGUCAAGUCCUCACUUCAAGUGUGGAAUGUGCCCAUUCGAGCCCAAACUUGGUCUCGGUAGGGACUUGAAAUCUCUUAUUGGUAUCGUCAGUUAGUUGGCUUUUUCCAGUCCCUCCUACUUUCCGAGACUUGGAGCCAUUGCAUAGACUGGAAGUCACCCCGUCCGAGAGAACCAGACAGACCCUUCCUGACG